AUGCACGACGGCAAAUUCGAUACUACCAACUGGGCCAUCAUGCAGAAAGGCAAUUUUGCACAAUCGUUCUUGACAGCCAGUCUAGCGCAAAUCCUUCACGAGUCGCCACCCGGUAUUCGUGUCAUAGAUGUGGGGGGUGAUAUUGGCUUCUUCACCUUGCUGGCUGCUUCGUUGGGGCCCGUCGCUAUCGACGUCUUUGAACCGCAACCAGUCCACCGACUGCGGAUUUGUGAAUCGCUGAACAUCAAUCAGUGGCAUAGCGAGUUCGAUAUGCACUACGAUGACAAUCCAAAAGAAGCAUCCCUGGUAAACGUGAUCCCCUUUGGUGUUGGCAACGCGAGGGGCCUUUACGAGUUUAAGGGCGAGCUUGGUCAUCCCAACCAGGGACACUACACUGGAUUAGUCGCAAAAAUGGGCAGCAACGCUCAAAGGCUAGUGCAACUCGACGAGUUUGCAGAAGAACGUGGUUGGUUUGGUGAAUCAAGGCCAGAUAUUGCUAUUCUGAAGGUUUCUGUAGAAGGAUUUGAACUGAACACUGUGGAAGGCGCCUUAGAGCUACUGCACUUGAAGGUGAUUAGAAACAUUCUUAUCGAAGUUUCGUUUAGAAAUGAAGCAGAGAUUGCUCGCAACAGAGGAACAGUCCAAAUCUUGGAGGACUCUGAAUACAGAUUAUACAAAAUGGGGACUUUGGAGGCUCCUGACGAGCUGCCGAUUGUGGACGACGACAAGCUCUAUGAAAACCUGGUAAAGGCAGGGCAGGCAACCCCUUCGAAGCAGCUGAAUCUGUGGUGGAAGCUUAGCGAGUACAUGUAG